CGCUAUUGGCCAGAAAUGCUGGGAAACUCCAGCGAGCUGAAUCCUCACACAUUCAUAUGGAGAUUUGGGAGUAUAAAUAGAGGAGCUCUGUACAGAGAUCUACAGCACAGAGAUACAGACAUGACGCCUACAAUCACUUCAGCUGUGAUCAUCUCAGAGGAACAUCUCCAUCUCAACAACAAGUUGAGAAAGCCAAAAGUGGAGAAGAUGCGCAGAGAUCGUAUCAACAAAAGCAUUGAGCAGCUUAAGGAUCUUCUGGAUCCAGAGUUUAUCAAACAGCAGUCUGAUGAUAACAAGCUGGAGAAAGCAGAUAUUCUGGAGAUGACAGUCAGGUUCCUGAGACACCAGCAGCAGCAGAAGAAAAAACUGCUGAAAGACUUUCAGAACCUGCAGACAUCAUCUGAAGAGAUCAGGAGUGAAAGUGUCCUGCUUCAGCUCAACUCCAUAAACCAGGGCACCUUCAGUGAGGAGAUGAAUGAUAACAAGAGCGCCAUCUGGAGACCCUGGUAGAGCUCUACAGCAACUGAUACCACAUUGAAAGUCUACACUAGACUGAAUAGACAUUGCCAUUUGCUUUCCUAUUUGAGGGGAAGUGUUUAUAAAAUUCCAGUUUGGAAAAACUUUGAUACAGUGAAGCGUUUACUUCACUAUAUUAUAUAUUAAUAAUAUAAUUUGAGAAAGUUAUAUUAACAUUGGAUAUUUGAAUACCUCAAAUAUUAUUAAUUCAUCUUGAAUUGACAUUUCUUAUAGCGUUUCUGUUUAUAGAAAUAUAAAAUGGUGGAAACCAUUUUCCAUCUUUUUUGAUGGUUUUAUUGAAGCUAGUUGUUUAUCUAAACCUAUAUAAACUUGUCGGUUAAAGUAAAAUUCCUCAUUUUGAGGCUAUAUUUCCCAUUUGGAAAAGUUUGACAUUUAUAUAAUACACCAAUUCCUUUUGUAAGGGAAUAAAUGAAAUAUGGAUGGCAACAUUAAGUAUUCAAAUGACUCACUUAUAUUGUAUCAAUAUAAUCAGUUUGUUUGUUUGCCAUUGCAUGUGUAAUGUGAAAAAAACAUGUUCUCUCAUUAG